AUGGAGGAGCAACCACAAGAACAGAGGAAGAUGGUGAAGCCUUCCACUCCCUCCCUUCCAUAUCCUCAAAGGUUCAAUAAGGAGCUAAAAGACCAACAGUUCCCCAAAUUCCUAGAUGUAUUUAAGAAGCUGGAAAUCAAUAUUUCACUUGCAGAGGCAUUGGAACAAAUGCCCUUGUAUGCAAAAUUCUUAAAAGAACUCAUCAAUAAAAAGAGACGCUGGGAUGAAAAAGAAACAGUAAUGCUCACUCAAGAAUGCAGUGCAGUGAUUCAAAGGGGUAUUCCACCAAAGCUUAAAGACCCAGGGAGUUUUGUCAUAUCAUGCACCAUAGGCAAAAUGACAUUAGAGAAAGCUCUCUGUGAUAUGGGUGCCAACAUCAAUUUGAUGCCCCUCUCAAUGAUGAAAAAGCUUGCCAUAGAAGAAAUCAAACUCACUAGGAUGUCACUUGUAAUGGCAGAUAGAUCAAUCAAGAUUCCCAAUGGAGUUAUGGAAAACUUAUUAGUGAAGGUUGGAGAGUUCAUCUUCCCUGCCGACUUUGUGAUAUUGGACACAGAAGAAGAAUGA